CAUUCCGGAUGUCGCUGCAGCUCAGUCUCAUCUUUCACUCUCUUUCUCUCUUUUUCUAGCUCUUUGUUACAAUUCACCUUCGUCCCUAAAAAACAAAACAACAAAAACAACAACAACGAAAAAAAACCCGAACAACCAAAAAGCGAAGCCCCCCCCCCCCCCCCAGCUAAAGUGAUGGUUGUCUCCAGCGGAGCUGACUGAUGCGGUCGGGCUCGUUCUGGUUUCCAGCCGGCGAUGAUCGCGGGUUUCCACAGAUGUAGCCGAGGCUCCGCUCCUCCGGUAAACUUAAGACUCUGGGCGGGUUUCUCCUCUAUUUCGUGAUGAUGGAUGAAGGCCUGCUCUGAGCUGUCAGUGACGAUGUCUUGGGGGGAGUUCAUUGAACUCCGUGAUCUGCGUACAAGCAGGGAGCAGGCGGUGUCGACGGGCACUCAGUCGCCAUGUUCACCUCCACGGCUGGAAAGAGCGAACGCCCUGAGGAUCAGCCCGGGAAAGGUCCCAGACCUCCUGUCCCGGGCGGGCAUCAUCAGGGUCCUGAGCAGCUCCCAGGACCCCCAGCCCCCAGAGGAGAUGGGAGAGGGACACCAUUUCCAACCCUGCAGCCAUGCACAGCCCACGUGGUGUGACCUGUGUGGAGACUUCAUCUGGGGCGUUUACAAGCAGAGCCUGCGGUGUGUCAACUGCAAAUUCACAUGCCACUACCGGUGUCGCGCCCUGAUCCGACUGGACUGCAGCUGGGAGCAAUCGUCUGCAGCUGACCACACAGGCGUCGUGGAGCACACCAUAGAGACAGACACGAAUGUGGAUGAGCAAACUGAAGUUGGAAAACAGGAGUUGACGGUUGCAGAAAUUCAGCAGAAGGUGAAAGAGUACAACGCUCAGAUCAACAGCAAUCUUUUCAUGAACGUGAACAAGGAUGCAUCCUACACUGGGUUCGUCAAGGUGCAGUUCAAGCUGGCACGUCCCGUGUCUGUUCCAACUCCGAAGAAAGGAGGUCAUGAUGCUGGAGGGAGGAGGGCCAGUGGGGUAAAGCGCCGCACCUCCUUCUACCUGCCAAAGGACGCGUCCAAGCAUUUGCACAUAAGUUCUCGUACCUCUGCGCGUGAGGUCAUUGAAGCUUUGUUGAAGAAGUUUACUGUGGUGGACAAUCCUGGCAAGUUUGCACUGUUUGAGCGCAGUGAGCGUCAUGACCAAGUAUAUGUCCGCAAGGUGUCAGAUGAUGAGCGUCCCCUGCGUCUGCGUUUGAAUGCUGGACCAAAUGAGAAAGUCCUCAGUUUUUUGCUCAAGGAGAAUGAAACUGGUGAUGUCAAUUGGCAUGCCUUUUCUUUCCCCGAGCUGAAAAACUUCCUACGCAUUCUGCAGCGCGAAGAAGAAGAGCACGUCAAGCAGAUAGUGCAGCGGUAUGCUUUGGCCCGCACUAAGAUGCAGGAGGCUCUUGCUGGCUCAACUCCUGGUUGACACCACUCUGCGCUCAAGGGAUCAACGUGCAUGCCUUGGCUGGAUAAUCAAAACCGGCCAUUGCUGCACGCAAAGAUCCCGAAGAGAACAACGGAAAACACCUCUUCGGUUAACGAGAGAGUGAGAUAGGGCGCAAGACAAUGAGAGAGAACGAGCUAGCGCGAAUGUGCGUGUGAAAUGAUGCGAGAAAUGAGAAGUGCCUUACACCUGGAGAGUCUGAUGUGCCUGAGAGAAUGAGUUGAGAGGAAGAGAGACUGGCAACUGAGACGGUGGUUGUAUGCAGUCAUGUAUGUACAUGACUGGUAACGUGAUUAUCCUGUACCUCAGCUAUGUUCCGUUUAAAAGACUACAAAUAUUUUGAAAUUUCAAUGUAUUAAAAAAAACAAACAUACCUUCUUAAUUAUAAAGUAUCACAGAUGCUGCUGAAAUGAGCAUUCUUGCAUAGUUAAGCAGGUAAUUUUCCUAAAAUGCAAAAAUGACAAUGUUUCAAACAAGGAAUGAUGAACUUCAAAGUUCUGAUUCUGAUGAUGGUCCAUUAUUACCCAAAAUAUAGCUUAUUAUUUGAAAAUGUUCAGGUUUUUCCAGAGUUACAUAGUUUAACUCUUAUUUGUUGCUGAACGGUAUGAGGAUUUUCACUUACCCGAGACUCACAAGUCUGCCAUGUCUACUCUACACCCCUGAUGGGUGCAACUCUUUUCUUCACUGUCACUUUGUGUGUAUGAGUGACGUAUGGACAUUUAUAUGCAGUUCUGAAUGUCGGAGAGCAGUGCUCACAUUUACUGUGGUUGACUGGAAUCUUGAAUGAAUAUUUACAUACAUGUUUCACUUGAAUCUGCCUAUCAUUCCUUAUAUAUUUGUUUUUCCAUCUUCUGAAGUGUUGUCCUGUUUUUUUUUUCUGUCACUUUUCCUCUGUUAGACUGUGCACAAAUUGAAAUUUUUAUCACAAUCUUAAGAACUGUACUAUUUUAAUUAAAGAAUUUUUCAAGUCA